CAUUUUCAGAGUGGAACAGUCCAAGGCCGCGAAAGGCUGCUGCUAAGCAAAGAUCCUCCUAGCGUGGCUAUCCAAAUGUAUAUGUUCGACACAGUUGUUCUAGCGCUAGUUUUUUAAUUGGAACAUUUAUUUAAAUGUUUAUCUUUGUGUUAGAGUCACCUAAAAGAGCGCUAUAAUCGACCUGUUUUCAACAUUAACUUAGAGUGAUGGAGGCAGUCAACGCAUUCAACAUGGAGCUGUUCUCCAUGAUUGACAUGAAGCCCCCAAUAUCCCGAGCUAAAAUGAUGUCUGUAACUAAAGCAGCUAUUAAAGCAAUAAAGCUUUACAAACAUGUUGUUCAGAUUGUUGAGAAGUUCAUCAAGAAGUGCAAGCCAGAAUUAAAAGUUCCCGGAUUAUAUGUUGUUGAUUCCAUUGUUCGACAAUCCCGUCACCAGUUUGGUGUUGAAAAGGAUGUUUUCGGACCCAGGUUCUUGAAGAACUUUGCAGAUACCUUCCAUUACCUUUUUCUAUGUCCAGAGGAUGAUAAGAACAAAAUACUGCGUGUCCUGAACCUGUGGCAGAAGAAUGGUGUGUUUGAGAUGAACAUUCUUCAGCCUUUGAUGGACAUGGCUGCUUCUGUCACUACAUCGUCUCCCACACUUGGAGUUCCUGUUGCCCCACAAAAGGAUGCAGAACCUUUGGUCGGUAAUGCCUCUGUUUUAGCUGAUGAACCCCAACUACCCACAUCUGAUGCCUUAGCUGCUGUGGCACAGCUGCUUCAAUCCCCCCACUGUCAGGAAUUACAGAGGAUGCUUCAGAACCUUCAGCAAGCAGAUGCAUCUACUGUAAACACUAACAAUUUACCCAGCCCACCAAUGAUGCCAGUUUCCAAACUCAACCAAUGUAGUGGCCGAAGUGCAAAUAAAAGUUCUUUGGCAGAGAAACUGCUUGAUCGAUUUGACUAUGAUGAUGACCCAGAGGACAUGCAAGUUUCAGAGGACAACAAUCAAUUACAAAGCCUUUCUGAAAGCUUGUUGAGACGGUUUUCAGACCAGGGAGCUGGAACAGACUUUCAUGGUGUGAUGGGGGACACGGCAGAAAUAAAGCAAUUUGGAGGAAGUCACGUUGAACGUCAUUUGAUACCAGAUGGAUACCAUUCUCACGACAAUUACCUGCAAACAAAGGAAAGUUCUGUUGAAAGGCAUAGAAGGGAAGGCAGACGCAGAGGUUAUGGCAAGAGAUCCAGAUCCAGAAGUCGUUCCAGAUCUCCAAGGAAAAGAUCAAGAUCUUCAUCUCGCUCAGAGAGAUCAAGACACAGAGGCUCUCGUUCCAGAGAGCGACACUGGAGAUCCCACUCCAAUUCUCAGGACAGGAAUCAAAGCGAGAAAGACCGAGAACGUAGACAGAAGGGUCUCCCCAGCAUAAAGAGUCAAACACUCAGCGUUUGCAGUACUACACUUUGGGUUGGACAGCUUGACAAGAAAACUCAGCAGUCGGAUGUAACAUCCCUUUUGGAGGAGUUUGGCCAGAUUGAGUCUAUCCAUAUGAUACCUCCAAGGGGUUGUGCCUACAUUGUCAUGGUUCACAGACAAGAUGCAUAUACAGCUUUGAAAAAACUCAGUCGAGGGUCUUAUAAAGUCAACCAGAAGCCUGUGAAGAUUGCUUGGGCUUUAAACAAAGGUAUAAAAUCAGCACACAAAAAGUUUUGGGAUGUGGAACGCGGCGUUUGUUACAUUCCCUGGAGCAAAGUGAAAGUCGAGGAGUUGGAGAGCUAUCGGGAAGGGGGUAUGCUGGAUGCAGAGACUCUUAAUCCAGAGUGGAAGUUUGGCAAGGAACUCAACCACCAGGCAGCUGUAAACGGGGUGCUGGAAGGGGUUCCAGAUGACGGUGUCAGUACUCUUGUUCAGAUGCCAAUAAUUCAGCAGACAGAUCCGCUAGGAAGCCCCUCUUCUUAUUCUGGCCCCAUCAUGCUUUCUCCCACCUCAUUGCCUCCAGGAGGAGCUCCUUUCAUGCCUGCAAAGUAUGACCUUGCAAGUUUGUCAGCCGCUGACAAAGAAUCUGCUAUGGAUGCUGGGAUCUGUAACCAGAUGGGAUCUCCAGGCACAUCAGUGAUGACCCUAAGCCCUCCAGCAAUGCAGGGACCCCCAGGACCACCAAUCCCCCCAAUGCAGCCUCCUCCCGGCAUGCCGAAUCCUCACGUCCCGCCUUAUCUGGCGUCUCCAAACAUGCAGCACAUGCCCCCUCAGAUGAUGCCAGACGGACCAGUCUUUCCACCAAACAGAUUCCGAAUGCGCAUGCCUUUCCCUCCUCGUGGCCCCCCUUUCCAAAGUUGCCCACCUGUGGGACCUGAGGGCAUAGGGGACAGGGAGGGGCCAUUUUUCAGAGGUGUUAGACCGGGCUUCCACAUUCCACCUUUUCAGAGGGGGAGAUGGUGAUGAACUCUGAUGUUUUUGCUUCACCUUCCUGUAUUCACAUUUGUACAUAUUUGUAUAUUUAAGUUGAAUCAGUUUGUUGCAGAUAUCCACAAAGGCCGAGUAUAUAUGUGUGUGUUCUUAAUUUGUCUUUUGAUUUGAAUAUUGAAGAAAAAAAUCAAUUGUAAAUUGAUUUUCAUUUGGCCUCAUUUUUUACCAGAAACAUUGGAUUUGAUUUGAAGAUCUAAUGUUCUGCCAGUAGAGGGUAGAGUAGUUCUCAUGCCUGUUUUUUUCUCCCAGUCCUCCUGUAAACAAAGGUCACACCUUGAAAGGUAAUGUGAUGUAAUUAUUAAAGAAAAAAGCUGUCUACUGUUUG